CAAAAAAAGAAAAGCAACUCUACGGAAACGGUCCCCGUCCUCGCCGUCCUCUCGCGAUUUCCUGUUCCUCUGUCGCGCGAGGCAAAUCUCCCCCAGGCGUUCCCGGAGCCCGCGCCGCGGCGAGAAGCGCGCGUCCCCAGGCCUUCGCUCUCCACGCCGGCGAGACGAAUAGAGAGCAGAGGGGAAGGGGCCGGACCCGGCGGGCGCCUCGUCUCCCGGCGAUCGGCGCGGCCAGCCGCCACGAUGGAUUCGGCUCGCCCCCGGAGGGUUCCCAACAAAUCCCGCCGCCCGGACUGGAGAGAGGAGCUUAGGGCGAAUUGCAUGACAAGAGUUAAAAGUGAGAGAGUCCACUUGCUCUGGAAGAUGAGGAACCAAGGGCAGCCGCCUGCUAAUGACAUGAAAACGGUCGAAUCUGCAGUCAGGAACAUUAUCUCAGAUGAGGUACAGAAACUCAAAAGGAAUGUGAAUGGAAAAGAGAACCAAGAAGUUGAUAUGAUAUGGGAAUAUGAAGGGCCGCAAGAAGCUAUGCCCGCUGAAUUUGAAAGUGAAGAUAUAUUGCUUGAAAUGGAAAGACUUCUUUAUGAAGAUCUGCGGGAAGAAAUGAUUCGAAAAGAAAUAGAGGCCCUUGAUGAGGAAGAUGCAUACUUAGCUCAGGCUGUUUUCGAACAUAUGCAAUUAAAGGGCGAGGGUGCGGAAAAUGCUAAGCUCUGGUGUCCAGUAUGCAAACAAGGAGAGCUAAGAGAAACUCAUAAUCUCAUACACUGUACUUUGUGUAAGAUGCGGCUUGACCUUGAAGAAGAUAAGGUAAACCUAGAUUUCUUGCGGGAACGGUUGGCCAAUGUCCACAUGGAGCACUUAGACAGAGGAUGCACAUUAUCACCCAAGUUCUGCUUGCACGACAUGUUUGGGUUAAAUGCACUUUACAUACGUUGCGAUGAAUGCAGCACUUUCGAAGUUGUGGUGUAAAUAUUGCAAUAAAGCUACGACCACAUGAUCAACAUAGGAAGGUUUUGGCAGUUUUCCUGAAGUUACUUCUCAGAAACUCGUUGGAAAAAGGCACACAUGGACCCAUUGUUAUAUGCUGAGGUGGCCAAACAGUAAAGGUUCCAUACAAAUGUAAUCGCAUGCCCUUUGUAGAAUUUCUGCCGUGUACAGUACAGUGUAGUUAUCCAGUUAAUCUUGCUCAACAUUUCGUUGCCAGCUGACACGACACUAUCAGUGCAUCGACCAGUAUGAAAUGAGAUGCUCUUUUUCAUGUGGACUCUCA